AUGGGAGCCGCAUACACAAUCUUGGGCAGAACUUUCCAGCCACACCAGCUAUCGCUGGCCACCAUCGGCCUUGCGUCGCUGCUUGUCAUCCCAAACCCGUUCAAGAAGGCGGAGGCGAAGCCAGUGUGGAAGGCAGCGUCCGAGGACGAGGAGAAGUUCAUCCAGGAGUACCUUGAGAAGCACUCUGCGAAGCAGUGA